AACUAAUGUACAGAAUUAGAAUAUUGCCUAGAUAAGACACAAAGCCUUAAAUUCAAUAGCAAUUUAAUGCCUGUGCCAUUGUUUUCUUUUCAUCUGCUCUGAUUUUUUGAGAACCUCUCCCAGAAAUGUCGAUGCAUAUAAUGGAAAUACAUAAAACUCAUGUUUUGGAAAGCCAAGUGUGACAUCCUCAUCCUACUCAGAAAUCUGAAAAUUCUCAAGAUGCUGGUUUGUCUUAGAAAGAGUAAUAUAAAAAGACCUGUGGUUAUAGAUAUUUACAGUGUUGCCACCCAUACCAGUCAAAGGUGGUGAAGUAACACAAGGCCAGGGGCAUGGUCAGGGGUUAGGCUGGACUGGGCUAAAUGGACACACACCUUGUGCCAGUCUUUCACCUGAGGAUAUGACUGCAAAGGAGAGGCUGAAAUUCUAUGUCAAACUGUCCUCAGAAUUGAAAUCUGAUUCAAAUCCCACACAGCUGAAGGUCAAGAUCCUGCUAAUAAGUGAUACUGACCUGUGAUGCAUAUGGCACCAAAAUCACAAAAAACCAUAGUUAGACUUCACUGUAUGAUUUUUCAAAAACCACAAAAUCAAGUCACUUCAUUACAUUAUGAAUGCCAGACCACUCUGCUUCAACUCCAGCCUGUUUGGUGAAGUAGAUGUGUUGUAUUUCUGUGGUACCAAGUUGGGGCUUCUCAGUCCUUGUAUAAUUUAUGAUGCCAUUUUCCCUUAUUCCUAACCAGUAUUUUCAGAUUUGACUAUCCUUAUCCUAAAUGCCUUAACAGACAUGCAGGACUUAAUCAGAGCACAUGAAAUAUUUGAUUCAAGUGAUGAAUUCUGAAGUCUUUUUUUAAUGCACACCACAUCUUUUAUGAACCAGAGUACUAUUUCUAUGCUUAUUUUUGUGGGUCGUGCCAGAGACCAUGAAUAAAUUGCAUCAGGUGUUUUUAAAAGUACAGAAUAGAUGGAGAAGCCAUUAGAGGUGAGACUCACCUCAACCUCCUUUAGGUAUGCAAAUCUCUCUCCUUCCGCAGCGGCUUCUCUUGCGGUCAGCAGUGACCCUGCCGUGGGUGUUUGUCCCAGGCCGCCUCUCCAGGGGCAGCGGGAGGAUCGGGCCUCAGGUGGCCAGCGCGAGUCCCGCUGGACAUCAACCACCUCGGUGCCUGCUGGAGGAACGACACAGCCGGGAUGGAGACACGUGCCAAGGGUGCGGGCGGCGCUGCUGGCGCUGCUGUGCGCGGCGCUGCUCCCGCUCCGCACCGAGGCCGCCAGGGCGCCCAAGCAGCGGCCGGCGCGGACCCGGAGCUGCGGCGAGCGGCCCGAGGAGCUGCUGGAGCAGCUGUACGGGCGGCUGGCGGCGGGCAUGCUCAGCGCCUUCCACCACACCCUGCAGCCCGAGCCGCCGGGCCGCCAGCACAACGCCAGCUGCCCCGCCGGGGCACGGCCGCCCGCAGACAAGAGGGUCCGGCUCCCCGUCAACCUGCGCAGCGCAUCGCCCUGGGCAUACAGAAUUUCCUAUGAUCCCACGAGGUACCCCAAGUACAUUCCCGAAGCCUACUGCCUGUGCAAAGGCUGCCUGAUGGGGAUCUUUGGUGAGGAGAGCCCGCACUUCCGCAGCACGCCGGUGUUCAUGCCCACGGUCAUCCUGCGCCGCACGCCCGCCUGCGCCGGCGGCCGCUACGUCUACACCGAGGACUACAUCACCAUCCCCGUGGGCUGCACCUGUGUCCCUGAGCAGGAAAAGGAGGCGGAGAGCGCCAACUCCAGCAUAGAUAAGCAAGAAGUGAAGUUGCUGGUGGGCCAGAACAAGCCCUCAUCGGAAUGAAGAAUGUAUUGAAAGUCAUGUGUUAGUACUGGCCUCACAUCAUCACCUCAGGAAACUGCACUGCAGCAGCAAACACACUCACCCUCUUUUUUCUGCUUCCAGUUACUCCAGAUACAAGACGGAAAGUCCAGUCACUCAGAUCAUCAGAGAUGGCAAUUCAUUCUACUUCUUUAGCUCAUGUAAACUUGUUUAGUUCAAUAUUGCAAACUCCAAAGUAGCCUUUGUUUCUCCUUAGAGCAGAACAUUUUAUCUUUGCUUAUCCACAGUAAAUAUUAGAAGAUAAUGCAACUGUAAGACAUGGUAGCUAUUACUAUAGCAAGCUACUGGUUGUAGAUAUUUUUAAGGAAUCUCUCAUAUUCUACUUUUAAGUGCCCUUAUAUAAAAAAUCACAUAGCUGCCAUACACGGGACAAAGGAUAAUUUCCCAGGCUGGGAGAGCCUCCCUUUAUACUGUCUAAACUCCAAGCUUUGCUGCUGAGCUGUUACCUCUUUGGCUAAUUUAUACACUACAGUAAGGAAGCCUUUGCUGGGUUGGAGUAAUUAAUGAAGUAAUAUUCUAUGCUCUUGCUAUUUUUAAACUUGCCAAAUUGCUAAGGUACAAAGGUGUUGAGAAAAAACAUGCUAGAAUAUUGUAAAAUGCAGCAGAAUAAGUCUAAUUACACAGAAAAUAUCAAUUAGAGAAAACACAGUUUAGGUCCCAAGAAUUCUGUAUUCAAUUUCAUCCACCACUGACUGUUUAACUUCUUUGUGAUAAAACUGUGUUCCAUGCAGCUGAAAUGCCAAAACCUUUCUUGUUUUAGUAGCAGAGAUUCCCCAUUAAAAAGUAAGUACCAAAGACUGGCUUCUCCUCAGGUGUGCUGCAGGUGAAUAAGCAGGCUAGGUCUUAACUUCAGAUCUUUCAUUGAGUUGAGUCCCAGCCAACUCAAACUUGUUAAAUCCAACUGAUUUUUACAAUUAGCCUUCCAUCUGUGCAGCCUACAGCUGAUGGAACUUGAUGCAGGCCCUCACCAGAAACCCCGCACACACAAAAACUUCCAUUUCCAGAACCAGAGACCAAAGUUGACUCAGCUACUGAAUGAGAAUCAGGAACGACCAGGCAUGCCUUGCACAAACAUCAUUCCUCAGAGAGCCACACUCGCCAAAUCGGAUAAACCUCUGCAUGCACAGCAGAGAAUCUUUUCCAGCAGAAGGAUCGUGACUGCAAUAUCUUUAGAGAAUAAACUUCAUAUGCAGCAAGGUAUCUGCUACAUCAUGAAUCUCGAAAUUGGCCUUAAUUCAUAGCAGGGAAAGCCUCUACACUACAUAAACACACUCUUCUUUGGAGUGUUGUUGGAUGAAGGAUGGAAAGACUACGAGCUAAUCACAAUUAUGACAAUUCCAUGUCUUGAUGCAUAAUUAUUGACUGUGCUCUCUCUGACUCAGUCUAGCAUAACAGUAUUUUUACAGUGCAAUCUAUGAAACUUCUUACGAAGCCUAAAAUAACUUUAAGAACUCCAGAAAUGAAUAAAGAUUCCCAUCACAAUGUCAGAUUGAAGUUUGUAGCCGUGUUUUUUGUGCAGAUGCUUUUCCUCAGUUCUCCUUGUCUUUAGAUCUGUGUGUCCUCGGAUUGUGAUACUUCUAUCUCUAGGGGUAAGGGGAUCCUCAAAGGUGAGUUCAAAGAUGGUCAUAAAAUGUUUAUACUACUCAGAGAACAGCUAAUUGCCUGGUUGCUGCCAGCAAUUAUAGGUACUUACCUUUCCCCAGAGAAUGUAAAUACUUGCAGCAGUUACAACCUCUUUUCCUUCCUCCUCAAGUGGAGGAACUUCUCACCCUCUGAGCAGAGAGAAAUGGUAAUCACAGGGGAUCAAAAGGGAAGCUGACCCACGAAACGGGAGAAACUCUGUCCUAGGUGAUGUUUCAGUAGCCUGAUGCCUUCCAGUUUUUACCAUGACAUUGUGAGGUUUUUCUCCACGUGUACACUUAAGGCAAUGUGAUGUUGAACCUUCAGACUCCACGGCACAGAAAACAGUCUUCACUCUAACAGGCAAUAAAAUGACCCCAAACACCAACAGCAAAAUGUCCAACCACACAGCAUUUAACAUUUAAUAAAUACCCAGAGGGGCUACCAGCUAAGUCUGUUCAAACACUGCACUCCAGCAGAACUCAUUGUCUGCCCACAUACUUUUGUUAUACAAAUUUGUCUGCAACAAAUUAGUUAUUAGAGCACCUGGAUAUAUUUGCAUGAUGUGGAGAAAAAAAAUCUCUGUUUUUGUUGCAACUCUCUUGUCCUCCAGACAUAAAUUAUGGAGUCAUUUUGAAGUUUUUCAAGUAACUAGAGCAUGUUCAGGGAAUUCCUGGGAAGUGCAACCUAAAUCAGGUAAAUGGAACAUAAUCAGUUUCUCCAAUCCAGGACAGUAGAUGCUUUAGCUUAUAGACAGCUUCAGAAACUGGAUAACUGAAAGUACUUGAGAACUGCAGAACCUCCAUGGACCUCCUUCUCUCACACUGCAACAAGUGCAGAAAGCUUCCCAUGGUUCAGGCAUCUUUAUGUUACUUCGUUCAGAAGCCCAUUUUCCAUUCUUAGUCCUCCUUUUUCUCUGUGACAGACUUUUUAGCUGAGCCAAUUUGCUUCCUGAUCCAGCUUUCCAGUUAGGUGUCUCUUGAAAGCUGUUUAUGUUUUAGCACGAGCAACUGUUUGAUAUUUUGUUAGUGAACAACUGUUUGUUAAUACUUAACAUCAAGAGCUAUUAGCUACACAAACACUUGCUGGCCUUCAAAAUAUCCUUCCACAUAUCCUUUCUCUCCACAUUACUCAUGUGGGAAAGGUUGAGUGUUAAAUGUAGUUUGCAUUUGUUUAGAAUUGUUUUUUUUUAAACGAGGUCAUCACAUCAUGGAUUUAUAUCAGUUUCACUUCAAAUGUGGUGUGACAUUUUCCAGCUUCCAGCCCUCUGGUUACAGCUGCUGCAGCCUUGCCUAUAAUUUGCAUGGAGAAGGGCGUUCAUUGGAGUUGCUUCAAGGCUUCACAAACUGUUGACAGAAGGCAGACAUGAAAUGCCUCACUGAACCAACUCCAGGCCCAACAAAUGCAAACAAUUCAAAGCUAGAACUAUCUGGCAGCUGCAGCUGAUUUGAGAAAAUCUUUUGUUGUGCCAGGAAAAUCUUUUCCUUCAACAAGGUUGUCCCUGGAAUACAUUAGGAGCCACAAAACACAGAACAAUAUCCUCGGUAAAGAGAUUAUUUUCUUGUCUGUAGUAUCGCUUAAAGUACUUUGGAAAAUUCCUAUCAUUCAGGAAGGCUGAGGGAAGCCUGAGAUGCUAGUUUGGAUUGCUUGCCAGUCAUCACCUCAAGGUGUCUGUCUGAACAGGUGAAGAUCUACAGCUACAGCACGGGGGGAACAUAAACAGGAAAGCAGCAGGAGGAAAAGGGAAAUAGGCUGUGACGUGCUCAGAAAGUAUAAACACCCAUUAAUCUUGCUGGGACUGGGGAACAGACACAACUGCCUGGACUAGGGUUGUUAAAGAGGCUGUAGCACAGAUGACUGUGCAGUCAUAAAUGCCCCUGGAAGAGCAGCGUGGUGCUGACACUUCACCACAGUCUGUUCCAACAGAAAGUCCAUCCAUGCAACACCCCUGGUAAAGUCAGUCACUACUUGACACUGAUAUUUGUAUUCACAAUCCUGUUACGGAAGGAAAGAGGGCUUUGCUGUCACAUACUGUUUCUUAAACUUACCACACUGGCACAAACCAAAAAUCCUCUAUGGAUUUUUGUGACUUGUACCCUUCUCAGAAACAGCUACUUCCUUGGAAUAAAGUAUGACAAAAAUAGUUUACCUCCCAUCACUGAUGAAGGCUGUAAAUGCCACUAGUCAAGCUCUGCUUGGGCAGCUGCCUACACUUCCCAGGCUUUUAAGAGGGAAGCUGGUGGACAACAGGCUGCUGUGCUGAGUGCUGCAUCUGCACAGAUUUUCAUAAACCCUCAGUUCCAUAACUAUGCAUCUUCACAGUGCCCCUUCUCAAAGUGGUCUGACCUACAUGUGAGAAGCAGUAGUGAUUUUCUUGGAAGUGAAAUUCUUGGUACAACUGAAUGGUGCAUUUUUAUCUUUUUAAGAAAUAUCUCUGAUGAAGUUAGCAAAGUUGACUUUUAGCUCUGCUAUGGAGAGCUCAAUAAUACACAUUUACUAAAAUGAAGUGAGCAAAGCAGCAAAAUAGGUGAGACUUCUAUUUGAACAGCACAUUCUAAUUUGGGUGAGUGACAGGGGAACAGUACCAUCCCUCUGGAUGGGACAUUCAUACCUGUCCCACUUGAAGCCUCUAUGGAGUUAACAACAAAGUUUCAGGAGUUAUUUCAUUUUCUCCAUCUGCUUGGUGUGCUAGACGCUGAGGCAAUAAACCAGUUUAAAGCACAGAUUAGUGCCAACAGCUAUGCAGUUACCAUUCUGGUUUGCUUUAUUUUCAAAUCGGCCACAUAAAAGUGAUGAUGUAGCCUCCCAGAAACCAACGAAACCCAGCUGUAUUUCACCUGUGGACAGGAAUUUUCAGGAGAGUUCUGGCUCAGCAGUAAGAAUGGCAUCUGCUUUGAAAGGCAAGACUGCAUGGGCUGUGGGCUCGCAGGCAAGGAGGCCAGUGCCGGCUCUCCCGGCGAGCGCUUCCCCUGCUGCACUUCCCUCGCUUAAACACCGCCUGUGACCAGCCUGACAGAAACCAAGGCAUGUGAAAGAGGAAGAAAACUGUUCCACGGAACCCAGGAACACCACGUGCAGGGAGGAAGCAGCAGGUACAAAAUGUGAGGAGGGAAAAGCCCUAGGCAGCAAACAGAUCUCUUGGAAAAUGAGGAGGAGCGCUACAGUGGCUUGGCUGGGUAUUUAUGAAGCACUGUUGUGUCCAGCUCAGACAGCACCAUUCUCUGAGCACCUCUCUGAGAGAGGAUUAUAAUCCAUCUAUAUUAUUGCUGCUCAGCUGUUUACUCCACCAGAUGGGAAAAUCUGUAUCCAAACAGCAGAAACAUGAGUAUUAUCACUGCCUUAUAAAAAGUCUGACUCAUAAGCUUAAUUAGGUUUAUUCCCACCACAAAGCAAAUUUAGUACUUGAUUUUGUGUGAUUCAUUUUGUAGAUGCAGCAUUUCUGUUAACCUUUACACAGUAGGACAUACAAAGACAAGUGCUCCUAUUUUGUACAGUGAUUUUCGAGAUUAUAAAAGUGUUGAGUGCUUUGAAAUUUAUGAACUAACUUCCACCCAAAAAUACUUCAGUAGUGUAGUCAAAAGGUUAGUCAAAAGUGGCUUGAAAAUUCCCAGUUAUCAAAAAU